CUUGAUCGCAUCUGCUACGGCGUACGGACAGAACUCGCGCUGCACGAGAACGGUGAUAACGGCAUCCAGAGCCGUGCGACGUGCAGUUCAACGUGGGUCCACAAAUCCGCGUUGCAUUCAGCAAGCAGGAUCAAGCGCCAUUGACGCGUCACACCGGCCAGUAUGGACGCCUGCACAGUGGAGUGGCCGGUGGCACAGGAGAGAACCACUUUACGGAAUAUGAGGCUGAGGACGUCAGCCGGGAGCCGAUGGAUGCCGGCGCGUAGAAGCUCGUCAAAGCGGGCCAGAGAAGCCUUCAGUGUGGUGUACAUCUUCUGCUCCUUGAGAUACCGCUCCGAACUUAGCUGCGGAAGAAUCGAAUUCCACAUCGGGAGCUCCAAGUGUCUU